CCUCUGUGUGUUUCUGGCAGCAGCGCAGCGUGAAAGCAGUGGGAAGCAGAAACACUAUGGCUGCCACUCUGUCUCUCACUCAGCUUUCCACUGGAAAUCCCAUCUAUGACAAAUACUAUCGACAGGUUGAUCCGACUGGCAGUGGGCGGGUGGCGGCCGCUGAUGCCGCUCUCUUCCUGAAGAGGUCGGGUUUGGCAGACUUGGUCCUGGGGAAGAUCUGGGAUUUGGCAGACUCUGAACGUAAAGGUGCUCUAAACAAACAGCAAUUCUUCAUAGCGCUGCGGUUGGUUGCCUGUGCUCAAAAUGGCCUGGAGGUGGCGCUCAAGAGCCUUCAUUUGGCCGUUCCUCCACCUAAAUUUCACGACACAAGCAGUCCGCAGUUAGCAGGAGGAUCAGCCGGUGACCUUCACUGGGUCGUCAAGCCUGAGGAGAAGAUGAAGUUUGACGCCAUCUUUGAAAGUCUGGGUCCAUCAGGAGGGAUUUUAACGGGAGACAAAGUCAAACCCGUCCUGCUCAACUCCAAACUGCCAGUGGACAUCCUGGGCCGGGUGUGGGAGCUCAGUGACAUCGACAGAGACGGCAUGUUGGACAGAGAUGAAUUUUCUGUGGCCAUGUAUCUGGUGUACAGAGCCCUGGAGGGUGAGCCUGUUCCCAUGUCCCUUCCACCCCCCCUGGUUCCUCCCUCCAAGAGGAAAAAGCCCUCUGUGCCCCCCGUGAUGCCCCUGUUACCCUCGCCCCCCUCCGUCAAAGACAGUCGCUCCGCCCACGCAGCCUCUAAGGCCCUGCCCCCGCCCCCAAGACCCGCCCCAGCUCCCGCCCCAGCUCCUGCCCCAGCUGCCGCCCCAGCUCCCGUCCCAGCUCCCGUCCCAACUCCCGUCCCAACACCAGCCGCCUCCCCUUGGGUGGUGUCGACAGCAGAAAAAGCUAAGUACGAUGAGCUGUUCAGCAAAACAGACGGGGACAUGGACGGCCUCGUGUCGGGACCUGAAGUCAGAGAUAUCUUCCUCAAAACCGGGCUUCCCUCCGCCACACUCGCACGGAUCUGGGAGCUUUGUGACAUUGGCGACAUCGGGAAACUGACCCGGGAGCAGUUUGCUCUGGCGCUUCAUCUGAUCACUCAAAGGCUGACUACAGGACUGGAGCCUCCGCAGAGCCUUUCUCCGGAGAUGAUCCCUCCGUCUGACCGACAGAACAUCAAACAGAACAACUUGGCGAACCUGUCCGCUGACUUCUCUGCCAUCAAGGAGCUCGACUCGCUCAGCAACGAGAUUGUCGAACUACAAAAGGAGAAGAUCACCGUGGAAGAGGAGAUCAAGGAGAAAGAGGACGCCAUCAGACAGCGAAACAACGAAGUGCAGGAGCUUCAGGAUGAGGUGGCGAAGGAGGGCGGGGAGCUUCAGAAACUCCAGAGUCAGAGAUCCAAGGUCCAGGAGGCGUUAGAUGAGCUGGACCAACAGAAAGGCUCUCUGGAGGAGCAGCUCAAUCAUAUUCGCCAGCAGACCAACCAAGAGUCCAAUCUGAUCACCUCUCUGCAGUCGGAGCACGAGGAGCAGGAGCAUAAGAUCUGUCAGUUCGAGGAGGAGCUGGUUCAGGCGCGAGAGGAGCUGCUCUCUCUGCAGGAGGAGAGCCGGAAGCUGCAGGAGAAAGUGCAGGCGGCUCAGGAGCAGCUGACCCCUCUGCAGGAGUCCGUCAGAGACUCCUUCACUCAGGUCGCACAGGUCGGUUUGGGGGAAUCAGUCCAGCAGAAACUGAACGACCUUCAGGUGGAGGAAAGGUCAGUGACUGCUCAGCUCAGCUGGAAGAGAGCGCUGGAGGACAGCUCUCCUGUCAUGGUCAACGGAUCAGGAGGCCCCAACGCAGAGCUGCAUCAAGGGGACUUCUUCCAGGAGGACCAGCCCAAAGAGCUGAAGGAGGAACAACCGGCAGCUGUUUUCUUUGAGCCGAAUGAACAUCCAGAUCAAAACGAGAGAGGAGAGAAUGAAGAGGAAGAGAGUCCAAAGACUUCAGAGGAGGAAAAUAUUAAACGUGAUGCGUUGGAUGAUCUUUACACGAGUCUAGCCUCAUCAGAGCUGAUUUACAAUAAUCUGUCGACCCUCACCAAGCUACAAGAGAACACGGAACAAAGCAGCCCAACACCUGACGUCUGCUCAGAGGUCAUGGAUGAUGGAGAAGACAGCCCACUGCAGGUAGCGUCUCCAGAGCCAGAGAGCAGAGAGGAGGAAGAUUCUUCAGAAAACACCACCUCGUCUUCCUCACCUCCUCAGGUCGCCCCCCCCUCCCUCCCGCCUCUCACCAGCCCCCCCUCCCUGCCUGAGAUGGACUUCUUCCAUCCGGACCCUUUCACUGACCACGAUCCAUUCAAAGAUGAUCCGUUUGGAAAGACAGAAGUUCCAGAUCCAUUUGGAGAAGAUCCGUUUAAAGGAUCCGAUCCGUUUGCAGCGGACUCUUUCUUCCAGGCCUCCAGCGCCCCCUUCUCCUCAGAAGACCCUUUCUCUGCCUCAGCGGACCCCUUCGGUACGACCACUGGAGUCCCAGAACCCGACCUGUUUGCAUCCAAACCCUCUGACUCAGCUCCAGCAGCAGAUCCAGAUCCUUUCAGCUCCAAACCUCCCAACCCAGCUUCAACUGACCCGUUCAGAUCCACGGGGAACAAUAGGGCCGACUCUGACCCCUUUGGAGGCAAAGUGAACGCCAUCGUGGAGACGGAUCCGUUUGGUUCUCAGGACGGAGGGACGGAUCCGUUCAGCUGCGCUCUCCCCUCCUCUGACCUCGCCCUGAAGGACACUGCAGCAUCCAAUGACCCGUUUGCUCCCGGCGGGACGACAGUGAACGCCAGCUCAGAUCCAGAUCCAUUUGCUGCAGUGUUUGGUAACGAGUCAUUCGGAGGGGGCUUUGCAGAUUUCAGUGCGUUGACAAAGUCGAACGGUGCGGACCAGUUUGGCAUCAACAAUAAGAACCUGUUCCAGGAGGAGAGCCAGUCGGUCGGCCCCGAUGUGCCCCCAGCCCUGCCUCCCAAAACGGGUACGCCAACCAGACCGCCCCCCCCCCCUCCAGGUAAACGGUCGUCCCUCUCCAGAACAGAGUCCUCCGAGUCCUUCCAGAGACGAGGACCCUUCCUCCAGCAGCCUCCAGGAGACUUCCCCUCCUCUUCCUCCUCACUGCCUGCCAAGGAUCCUUUAGCCGACCCCUUCGCCCCCUCCUCCCCUCCUCGUCACAACGCUCGGGAAACUGACCGGUUUGCCAGCUUUGACAAACAGCAGCAUCAGUAUCCAACGGAGGAAGACAUGAUCGAGUGGGCAAAGCGCGAGAGCGAGCGGGAGGAAAAGGAGCGACUUGCCCGUCUCACACAGCAGGAACAAGAAGACCUGGAGCUGGCCAUCGCUCUCAGCAAGUCUGAACUCUCCUGAAGGACUCCCCUCUUCUUCCUCCUCUUCCUCUUCCUCUUCCCCUUCCUCUGGCUCGGCACGGCACAGCACAGCCAGAAAAAGAAAGCACCAAAGCAUAGUGGGGACUGUACAGGACUGGUUCAGCAGCUUAAAAACCCCAUGAGAACAGACUGUGUCCACAUCGCAGUAUUGUCUGUCUGUGUGUGUGUGUUUUCCGUCGCCUCGCUCGUGUUUCGGACGGCGAUGGAAAUGUAUGUUCUGAAGAAUUAGAUUUAGAGAUCGAUGCUCCGUUGGUUUCAAGACGCCCACAUUAACUCUCCAGAAUGUAAUUUAUUUAAUGCUCUCAAAAACGACAUUUCAAUUGCCAGAAGUCACUAACAGUACUCGCUACACUUUAUUAAAACACUUUAUAUUGACAAUUUCCUCUUUAUUAGAGCCCCAAAUUCCCAUUAAUUACCUUCCUUUUGGGGGUUUUAUCUGAAAUGAAAUAUUAAACGGUGUGUAGAUUCAGGACAGAAAGCUGGGAAGAUACUGAAACAACUUGUAAGUCUUAUUUGAAACGGAGUUAAAUUUGUAUUCCCGUAGAAUGACAAUUAGCCUAUGAGAUUAUUAAAAAAAAACAUUUCUACUUGUGUAAGUCCUCUGAAAUGUGAAAUGCAUGUGCAGAUUUAUACUUAAAUUGAACAAAUCCACAACGACCACAUUCAGCUUUACAUAUUGUAGUGUAUAGUGUAAUUCUUUGAGAGAUAAUAACAGGAAUAAAACUACAAUUAUCACAUUUUAUAAGAAGAUAUUGGCAUUAAAUGACAGCGCACACUAUGAGGGAUCGCACAAGAAAUACGUGUUUCUGAGGGAUAGAAAUUGAGUCUAAUACCAAAUACUUCUUUUUUCUAAAACGUGGCUGUUAAACUAGUGAGUUUGGACAUUUAAAAGUUAAAAUAGUCAAAGUGGUUGAUCAUAAAUGAAUGUGUAAACUCAUCUAUGCCCACUGUACCUGCUCUGUUUACUCCUAUAUUAAAUGAAGUCAUAUUAGUAUUUAUCCACCGUUAGACACUUCUGUAGCAUGGAUGCUGGAUUUUUAAUUAGAGAAAUCUUAUGAAAAAACGUCCUCACAGUCAAUUUCCAUUUCAAUGUGUGCCACUUUAGUUGGUGCUUCUUCUGACAGCAUGUAUUUACACUUUUUGUUAUUUUUCAGCAGGUGCUUCCUCUCCAAAAGGCUACAUGUUAAUGUUAAAAAUCUUGCACAAAAUCAGUGAAAGUUGUCUUUGUGUUUUGAUGGAGGAGCUUCACUAGUUUGUGUACUUCAGGGUCCGUGGGGAUUUAAGGCACUGGUGUUAAAUCCACUUGUCUGUUAUCACACACAGCAGUUUUUUGGACAGUACUUUUGUGUUUUCCUACCAGAAAAUAAAUGUGCACUAGGCGCUAAACUGUCAAAUGUUUUGUUUUAACGAGUGAAGGCUCGGUUGAAGAGCAGGAGGCGUUUAUUUUCUUAUUUUUUUGACCAAACGGUGAAGAAAACGUCUCUUUUCAGCCAGAAUGAGCAUCGUCACCGCUUCCUCUUGUCAUGCACUUCCUGUUUGUCUCUUGUUGUAGGUUAUUGUAAAUAGUCUCUUCUUCACAGUCACAUUUAACGGCCACCUUACAUUUGUACAGACUCCUUUUACAAAAUCAAGAACCACUUAUAGGCUUACUCAUAAAGGCUUUUUAAAAACUCGAGCUAUAACUGUAUUGUAUUUUGUAUUUUCUAAUGUGUAAUAAAAAAAAUCAUUAUUUGGAGGAUUGGACAGAAUAUGUAAUGCAUUUAAUUGAAGAAUAAAUAUUAAACGUGUAGUUUUGCACUUUGUUUGUU